GAGCGCUGGGAGGGCCUCCCGAGCGGCAGAGCUGACUGCGGGAAGCGGGACCUGCGGGCGCAGUCUUACUUGCAGCAGGGUCGCGUAAGCUUGCUCGCUUGGCACAUCCCUCGUGUUUUCCAGCGGAGAGCUUGGGAUGUGGUAAUGUCAGCCAGACUUUUCAGAGCCCUGGCCGGAUCUCACUGUAUUUUAUCAAAGGUGUAUCAGUGCCAAAGACUUGCUCAUCGAACGUUAAAACCGCUUAAGGAAUUUGAGACUACAAUAUGCAGCACCAUGACGAGAAGCCAGAACUUGGAUUUAUUCUUUCCUGAGACAGCAGCGGGUGAUUUGAGUAAGUCCCAGGUCCUGGAAACAAGUCAGAAAAUACCAAAUACAAACAUACUGUCUCCAUUAAAUGCUGCACGUUGCCAGGGUGGAAAAGUGCACCUUCCGACCAGGAAAUCGUUUAGUACUCACAGGAAAGUGACUCACAAACCAAAUCUAUUAGGUUCUAAGUGGUUUAUAAAAAUAUUAGAGCGGCAGUACUCAUCUAUAUCAACGGAAACAGUUGUUCCUAAACAAGACUUUCCGCAAAUCAAGAGACCACUGAAAGCGUCGAGGACCAGGCAGCCAUCCAGGACCAACCUUCCAGUUCUCUCUGUGAAUGAGGACCUGAUGCACUGCACAGCGUUUGCAACUGCAGACGAGUAUCAUCUUGGAACUCUCUCUCAAGAUCUGGUCUCCCACGGAUAUGUUGAAGUAACAAGCUUGCCUAGAGAUGCAGCAAAUAUUUUGGUGAUGGGUGUGGAACAUUCUGCGAAAGAAGGUGAUCCUGGAACAAUAUUCUUCUUCAGAGAAGGAGCUGCUGUGUUCUGGAAUGUGAAAGACAAAACUAUGAAGCAUGUGAUGCAAGUCUUAGAAAAACAUGAAAUCCAGCCCUAUGAAAUCGCACUGGUGCACUGGGAGAAUGAAGAGCUUAACUACAUCAAAACAGAGGGACAGUCAAAACUUCAUAGAGGGGAAAUCAGGUUAAAUUCGGAGCUAGAUUUAGAUGACGCCAUUCUAGAGAAAUUUGCUUUCUCAAAUGCCCUUUGUCUUUCAGUGAAACUGGCUAUUUGGGAGGCAUCACUGGACAAAUUUGUUGAGUCUAUUCAGUCAAUUCCAGAGGCUUUAAAAGCUGGGAAGAAAGUGAAACUAUCUCAUCAAGAAGUUAUGCAGAAAAUGGGUGAACUCUUUGCCCUGAGACACCGUAUAAACUUGAGUUCAGACUUCUUGAUCACUCCCGAUUUCUACUGGGACAGAGAAAACCUGGAACAACUUUAUGAUAAAACGUGUCAGUUCCUUAGCAUUACUCGUAGAGUUAAGGUCAUGAAUGAAAAACUUCAACACUGCAUGGAGCUGACAGAUCUAAUGAGGAAUCACCUGACUGAGAAGAGGGCACUCCGCCUGGAGUGGAUGAUCGUCAUUCUGAUCACCAUCGAGGUAAUGUUUGAAUUGGGACGAGUAUUUUUCCUGAUCAAGUGAUGGCCAAAGAAAAGCAUCAGUGCAAGGGAUAUUAAAGUUCUGCAAUCAAAAAUAAAUGCUCACUGUUGGGGGAAUCUCUUAUUUAGUAGGUAUUUAAUUUUUUUAAUCAAAAAGUUGCAGUGAUCUUUUUUAGCUCCUAAAUGUAUUGCUGCUUGAAUAAAAACUAAUGACAAA